AUGGAUAAAAUAUGUAGUUUACCUGAUGAUUAUAAAAAUUCUUUAAUUUUAGGAAGCAACAACAAUGAUAUGAUUGAAUUUCUGAUUUCAAAUGGCGUAAAUAUCAAUAUGAAAAAUUUUUAUGGAAAUAGACCUCUUCAUAUAGCAGCAUUAUUAUCUAAUAAAGAGGGUGCUGAAAUAUUAAUUUCUCAUGGUGCUGAAAUAAAUUCUUUAAAUAAAAAUAGUCAGACUCCUCUUGAUAUUGCUGUAAUGCUUAACAAGAAAACUCAUGAAGAUAUUCUCAAAAAUAAUAAAAUUGAAAUGAAUAUUGUUCGCGAAAAUAACAUUGAUUUUCUUGAUUCUUUGAUCGAAGAUUCUGAAAUGGAAGCUCUCUUAAAAUCGCAUGGUGGAAAAACUAAUCCAAACAGUAAAUUAACUGGCGAUGAAGAUAUUUUGUUUGUUUAUAUCUGGAAACGCAAAUCAUUGGAAAUCAGAUUGCCUAUUGUAACGAUAAUUUUGCUCUUUUUAGUGAAAUACUUAAAACAAAAAAUAACUAAUCAGCACAUUUUGAAAUUUAUCCAAACAUUAAUAUAUGUAUUAAUUGGAAUCAUUUGCAUUGAUAUACUUUUCAUUUUAAAUG